AUGGCAGAGGAGAUGAAGGUUGAAAUCAUUGGAAAAGAAACCAUAAAACCAUCUUCUCCAACUCCAUCUCACCUUAAAAUCUUCAACCUCUCUUUUCUCGAUCAGAUUAUUCCUGCAGUUUACACUUCGCUUGUUCUUUUCUACCCAAACAACAUUAAUAUCAUCACAUCCGGCCAAAUAUCUGACCACCUGAAGAAAUCUCUAUCUGAAGCCUUAACUCUUUUCUACCCGCUCGCGGGGAGAGUCAAGGACAACACCGUCAUUGAAUGCCGCGACGACGGAGCUCAGUACGUCGAAGCGAAAUUCAACGGCCUCCUCUCAACCUUUCUAGGUCAGCAACACAAAGACGAGGCACUCAUAAGGCAGUUCCUUCCUGCUGAGAUCGAAUCGCGGGAAGCAGGCACAUGGCCUUUGUGGCUUGUUCAAGCCACUUUCUUCAACUGCGGCGGAGUGGCAAUAGGCAUAUGUGUGUCGCACAAGCUCGCCGACGCAGCCACGCUGAGCAUAGUGUUGAAGACUUUGGCUGGCACUGCGGUUCCGGAUUUUGAAGCCGCGGCUUCCUACUACUGUCCCGGAGAUACCUUCUCGUUUGCGCCUGCUCCUGCAACGGAGCUGAAAAGGGUGGAAGGCGUGGCGAAGCGAUACGUGUUCGAUAAAUCAAAGAUUGCCGCUCUUAAGGCCAAAUUCGCCAGUGACAGCGUCAAGCAACCUACUAGGGUUGAAGUAGUCACCGCCCUCGUUUUUAGAUGCCUGAUGGAAGCUUCAAUAUCAACCACAGGAUCUUCCACAGAUCCGGUGAAGCCACGGUACUCUCACUUGACACAAGCUGCUAACAUACGAAACAGAGUUGAGCCGCCAUUUUCGCCUAAUUCCGUUGGAAAUCUCGUGGCGUACAUCGCCUUGCAGGCGGAGAAUGAGACUUACGAGAACAGUAGCGAGCCACUUGAACAUCAACUGCAGGAUUUGGUGGCCAAACUUAGGCAAGGAAUCGAAGACUUCACCGAGAACAAAGCGAAGAGGUUCCGAGGGGAAGAUGGAUUCCGAGCUGUCGUUGAGUAUUUAGGAGAACUGCAAUUAAAUUCAAGGAAUGAUAUGCAAUACUUUGUGUUUACCAGUUGGUGCAACUUUGGAUUCUACGAGGUUGACUUGGGUUUGGGAAAGCCAAUUUGUGUGACUGUCCCAAGUAGCUCCUAUGAGAAUGCGAUCAUCUUGACGGAUACCAUAGAUGGUGAUGGAGUGGAGAUUCUCUUGACAUUGAGUAAAGAAAAUAUGGCGUUAUUUGAGAAUCACCUAGAGAGAUUCUUACAUUAUCUUCUUAUAUUUCCAAAUGCAAUCAUCCCAGCAAAACAUUCUCAAAAUAAUGUCAAUCAAAUCCGAUUACAAUCAAUACACAAAUUGGAAGCUUCAAUAUCAACCACAGGAUCUUCCACAGAUCCGGUGAAGCCACGGUACUCUCACUUGACACAAGCUGCUAACAUACGAAACAGAGUUGAGCCGCCAUUUUCGCCUAAUUCCGUUGGAAAUCUCGUGGCGUACAUCGCCUUGCAGGCGGAGAAUGAGACUUACGAGAACAGUAGCGAGCCACUUGAACAUCAACUGCAGGAUUUGGUGGCCAAACUUAGGCAAGGAAUCGAAGACUUCACCGAGAACAAAGCGAAGAGGUUCCGAGGGGAAGAUGGAUUCCGAGCUGUCGUUGAGUAUUUAGGAGAACUGCAAUUAAAUUCAAGGAAUGAUAUGCAAUACUUUGUGUUUACCAGUUGGUGCAACUUUGGAUUCUACGAGGUUGACUUGGGUUUGGGAAAGCCAAUUUGUGUGACUGUCCCAAGUAGCUCCUAUGAGAAUGCGAUCAUCUUGACGGAUACCAUAGAUGGUGAUGGAGUGGAGAUUCUCUUGACAUUGAGUAAAGAAAAUAUGGCGUUAUUUGAGAAUCACCUAGAGAGAUUCUUACAUUAUCUUCUUGUCCAUUAA